AUGGUGUCCCAGCUGAGCGCCCUGCAACGGGAGCUCCUGGGCGCCCUGCUCAGCUCCGGAGCCACCAAGGAGGGGCUGAUCCGCGCCCUGGAGGACAUGGUGCCCGCCGCCGGCUUCGGCGUCAAGCUGGAGAGCCUGCCGCUCUCCCCCGGCGGGCCGCCCGACGGCAAGGCCGCCUUCCCGCCGCUGGCCAACGGGCACGGCAAGGGCAAGCUCUCCGGCGACGAGGGCUCGGAGGACGGCGACGACUUCGACACGCCGCAGAUCCUCCGCGAGCUGCAGGCGCUCAACACGGAGGAGGCCGUGGAGCAGCGGGCCGAGGUGGACAGGAUGAUCAGCGAGGACCCAUGGCGGGCGGCGAAGAUGAUCAAGGGGUACAUGCAGCAGCACAACAUCCCGCAGCGGGAGGUGGUGGACGUCACCGGCCUCAACCAGUCGCACCUCUCCCAGCACCUCAAUAAGGGCACCCCCAUGAAGACGAAGAAGAGAGCCGCCCUCUACACGUGGUACGUCCGCAAGCAGCGGGAGAUCCUCCGGCAGUUCAACCAGACAGUCCAGGGUUGUGGAAAUAUGACAGACAAAAGCAGUCAGGAUCAGCUGCUGUUUCUCUUUCCAGAGUUCAAUCAGCAGAACCACGGGGCUGCCCAGCUCGACGAUGCCUGCUCCGAAACCCCCAGCAAGAAGAUGCGUCGCAAUCGGUUCAAGUGGGGGCCAGCCUCCCAGCAAAUCUUGUACCAAGCCUACGACCGCCAAAAGAACCCCAGCAAGGAGGAGCGCGAGGCUCUGGUGGAGGAGUGCAACAGGGCCGAGUGUCUGCAGCGAGGGGUGUCUCCCUCCAAGGCGCACGGGCUCGGCUCCAACCUGGUGACGGAGGUCCGCGUCUACAACUGGUUCGCCAACCGGCGGAAAGAGGAGGCUUUCCGCCAGAAGCUGGCCAUGGACGCCUACAGCUCGGGCCAGCCCCCGCACAGCAUGAACCUGCUGCUGUCCCACGGCUCCCCCCACCACAACCAGCCCAGCGCCUCGCCUCCCAGCAAAAUGCCAGGGGUCCGGUACAGCCAGGCGGCGAGCGGCGAGGCGGCGUCCUCCGGGGCCAUCAGCCACCACGGUGGCGGUGCCAUGGUCACCACCAGCCAGGCGGUCCUGCAGCAGGUAUCCCCAGCCGGCUUGGACCCGGGCCACGGUUUGCUCUCGCCCGACGGUAAAAUGAUCUCCGUUUCAGGGGGCGGGCUGCCCCCGGUGAGCACCCUGACCAACAUCCACAGCUUGUCCCACCACAACCCGCAGCAGUCCCAGAACCUCAUCAUGACGCCACUCUCGGGAGUCAUGGCCAUCGCACAGAGUCUGAACACCUCACAGGCGCAGAGCGUACCUGUUAUCAACAGCGUUGCUGGCAGCUUGGCAGCUCUACAGCCGGUCCAGUUCUCCCAGCAGCUCCACAGCCCGCACCAGCAGCCGCUGAUGCAGCAGUCACCCAGCCAUAUGACGCAGCAGCCUUUUAUGGCCACCGUGACUCAGCUGCAGAACUCGCACAUGUAUGCACACAAACAGGAGCCUCCCCAGUAUUCCCACACCUCCCGCUUCCCCUCGGCGAUGGUGGUGACGGAUACCAGCAGCAUCAGCACGCUGACCAAUAUGUCUUCCAGUAAGCAGUGUCCCCUGCAAGCCUGGUGA